AAAGCAAUUUUGGAAAGCCACCUGGUUAGUUUACGUGUUGCAAUUUGUGUAGCAUAAGGAAUAUAUAAAAAGGACUUGGUUGAAGUUGGACCAAGAACAGCGAUCUCUCUCUCUCUCCAAGACUGCUCUGCAAGUGGAUAUCAGCUUCUGAACUGAUCUGGUGAAACUAGAAAUGGCCUGUCAUCAUGUAGUGACGAAUCAGCCCCAGUUUAGUGUUGCUUCUAUUGCACGUAAUUCCUGGCAGACCGGUUUGUUUGACUGCUGCAGUGACUGUAAAGUCUGCGCAUGUGGAACAUUCGGUUUCUGUUGUCUUGGAUGUAAAGUUGCAAAAGACAUGGGAGAAUGCUGCUGUUGUGGUGCAAGCGUUGCCAUGAGGACGCUCUACCGGUCAAGAUACAGGAUCCCUGGAACCCUCCUCUGUGAUUGCUGCACUGCUUUAUGUUGCGCUCCAUGUUCUCUUUGUCAGCUGAAGAGAGAUAUUAACAUAAGGAAAGAACUGGGAAUAUUCUAGUAAGGAGUUCCUGUAUCCAUUUCUGUAUCCUAGAGUUCCAUUUGCAAAAGUCUUCCCAUCUCCUGCUGUAUUUACUGGUCACCAAAGCAAUGUUGUAGGCAUUUUAAUGUAAUUGCUCCCAAGCACUAUUUGUAGAAAAACAUCAAUAAAGGAAACAAUCUCAA